GAGGAGCCGGGACGGGAAUAGGGAGCCUCUGUUUCCCCGCGGAACGCGAAGGUUCCGCGUUUCAAGUUUCUCGCCGCGAAGUUUUUUUUUUUUUGUUUGGCUUUUUUUUUUGUGUGUGGUUGGUUGUGGGGUUUUUAUUUUGUUUUUCUUUCGUUUUGUGGGUUUUUUCCCACCUCCGCCCAGGGUUCGGCUCAGCGAGCGGCCGCCCCGGCGCAGGCGGCUCAGCGGUGCUGUGUGCGUGGCCGCGGCCGCCGCUCCGGGAAGACGCCCCAUGGCCGCGCUGUAAACAGCGGGGGAAUGGCUGGGCUCGGGGUCAAGGUGGCGCCGGGGGCGGCGGAGCGGGGCCGCCUUCCUCAGCCCGCCCCGAGCAGAAGAAAAUCUAAAGCACCACCUCCUCCACCUGAAACAAAACCCGUUGGUGUUUCUCCAUUUGAUGAUACAGCAUCAGCCAACCUCAUCAUGGAACCGAAAGAGAAUGUAAUCGAUAAAGAUAUUGAACUAUCAGUCGUCCUGCCAGGAGAUGUGAUCAAGUAUACUACAGUUAACGGGAGGAAGCCCAUGAUGGACUUGCUGAUCUUUCUCUGUGCACAGUAUCAUUUAAAUCCAUCAAGUUAUACGAUAGAGUUGGUAUCAGCAGAAAAUAGCCAGAUUAAAUUCAAACCCAACACACCAGUAGGAAUGCUUGAAGUGGAAAAGGUGAUUGUAAAGCCAAAACAAAUGGAUAAGAAGAAACCUGCUCCAGUUAUACCAGAGCAAACAGUAAGGGUAGUGAUAAACUACAAGAAGACACAGAAGACAGUAGUAAGAGUUAGUCCACACUCACCCCUUCAAGAACUCAUACCGAUUAUCAGCAGUAAAUGUGAGUUUGAUCCUUCGCACACUAUGCUGUUUAAGAACUACCAGUCUCAAGAACCCCUUGAUGUGACAAAAUCUCUUAAUGACCUUGGACUAAGAGAAUUAUAUGCCAUGGAUAUCAGUCGAGCCACAUCACCCGUUGAUUUAAAUUUACCGUCUUUGCAAGACUCCUACCAAUCUGAAAACUUAGAUGUUCUGAAGGAGAAAGAAAACAAAGGAUUUUUCAGCUUUUUUCAACGAAGCAAGAAGAAAAGAGAACAAGCUGCCAGUGCCCCAGCAACUCCAUUGAUGAGCAAGCCAAGGCCAACAUUUAUCACGAGAUCUAACACUGUUAGCAAGCAGUAUGAUUCAAACACUCUGCCAUCUGAAAUGCCGAAGAAACGGAGAGCUCCCUUACCGCCUAUGCCAAAUUCUCGGAGUGCUCCCCAGGAACUUGGACAAGCCCAAGUCAGACCAGCAUCUGACAUUGUGAAAUCUAACAGCCUUGAUAGGAAUGAACAGGCCCCUCCAGGAUUAGUACGGAAAGGCUCUCUGCCGCUCAGUGACACCGCUUCUGUGAACUCCUCUCUACGGAGGAUGAAGCGCAAAGCACCCUCACCACCCUCUAGAGCACCAGAAGAUCAAAGUGAAAGCAGUAAUGAGACUGUAACAGAGUCAACAGAAUCAGCCCCUACUAAGGUGGAAGAAGGAGCCACUGAAAUGCAGUCUGAAACAGGUGCAAGGAGUUCAGAAUACAACCUAGAAGAAAUUGAUGAAAGGGAGGAGAUGAGUGUGCAACAGAGAGAGGACAGUGAAAGUACAAAUACCUCUCCUGGGAUAGGAGAGGUUACUGCAGCCUUCAGCUCUGCUGAGGUACCACUGGAAACUGAAAAAAAUGAUCCAGCUUCAUCAGCCCCAGUUCCUGGCAAUGUUUCUGUAGACAACUCACAAAGCUUCAAGGAAGAAAAACAAGAAAAUACGAGCACAGAUGGCAAAGGACUACAGACUAAGAUAAGCAGUGAGCAAGCUGCAUUUGAAAAAGACAGGAAGCUUAGAGUUUUGGAUCAAAAUAAAAAUGAUGUUAAAGAUCACAGUGAUACCAAACUCCUUCCAAGAACAGAAGAGGGGAAAGAACUUCAGAUAGCCGAAACUAGAACAGUAGAUUUUAGAGAAAAUAACAAACUUGAAGCUGACACAUCAAACUGCCAGGCAUGUAAAAACGACAUCACUGUAAGUCACAGGAAGUAUCCUCAACUGAUUCCAGAAAAGCAAGAUCAGAAAACAAAUCAAACCAGCUUGGACACAGUAAAAACUCAGGAUGUUGCAAUCCAGGCAGGUCCAUUGGAUAGCAACUUGGGAAGGACUACACAGGAAGAAGUUAUCAUUCCUCAGGGUUGUGAAUCAUCCACAUUCAGAGGACUGGUCCCUGAACACAAUACAGAUACAAACAACCCCCUUCUUCAAGUGAUGCAUGGAAUACAAGAGGAUGAAGUUACUUCAACAGAACAAAAUCUUGAGAGACUAAAUGUUGCCCAUGAAAAAGUAAUUCCCAUAAAAGAUCAGAGUCACGUUUGUCUAAAUGGCAGUAACUUUGCUGCACCAGAAACAACUGCAAAAACUCCAGACGGCUCUCCUGUAAAAGGUUCCCCUCUUUAUAGACAGGACACCAAACCUAAACCCAAGCCCGCUAAUGAAAUUACAAGAGAUUACAUACCAAAAAUUGGAAUGACUACUUAUAAGAUAGUGCCUCCAAAAUCCUUAGAAAUAAUAAAGAGCUGGGAAUCAGAACAUCCAUCAGAUUAUAAGGAUCAAGAGGUAUCUACUUUGGAAACCUCUCUGAAGCAUGAAGACCCCAAAGAAUUCAUAAUGCAAAGUGAAACUCCUCAUCUUACAAAGAGUAUAGGUCAUUUACAGGUUGGUUCACAAAAUGAACCUGCAGCAGCAAAUGAUCUGUUGCAUAGAGUGAACAGCAUUUCUGAACAUGUUGUGACGUCUGGAGCUGAGAUAACUACUGAGAGCAAUCGGAUGGAAACAGAGUCUUCCAAACAGCGUGUCCCACUGAUGCUAAGCUUUGAUAAUACAAAUGCUUCUUCUGAGACUCAGGACAAGUUAAAUGCAUUAAGUCCUACAACGAAGCCUAGUUCUUUUUAUCUGCAGAUGCAACGAAGAGUUUCAGGUCAUUAUGUGACAUCUGCAAUUGCCAGAAGUACUGUUUGUGCUCCUAAUUCUGUUCAAAAUGAAGUUAAAAAUACAGAGAUGGAAAAAAAAAUCUCAUCACCUGAUCCAACUUCUUUGUCGUUAGAUAAAACCAGUAGUUCCUCUCCUCCAGCAGAUGAUGAAAAAGUUGAUGAUGGAAAAAAAAUUGAAUCCUCCACUUCUCCUGUUAAAAACAGUAAACCUUCAAGUUUUCCCUCUGGUCCACCAGCACCAUUGAACCUAAGAACUCUAAGAACUUUUGCAGUUCCAAAGCCAUACUCCAGUUCGAGACCAUCCCCUUUUGCUCUUGCUGUCUCAUCUGCAGUCAGAAGGUCACAGUCAUUCAAUAAGACGCGUACAAUCACUAGCCAGGCACCAAGAGAGGAAUUUCCUGUUGAACUCUCCUCUGCUGCUUCGGCAGCUGAAUUCUCCUCAGCUACCUCCGUGCCUCAAGUGAAAAACCUUUCCUUACAGACCGUAACAGGGGGGUCACCAAAUAGUCUAAUGGAUAAGAAAGGCAACAAUGUGAAUAGUGACCAGAAGAGUCAGGUGCAGUCAGGUGCUUCUACUGACCACCCACCCCCUGGCACUAAGAGACAAACCGCGAUGAUGUUCCAGCGCCCUGACCCAGAACAGAUCCACCAGAGCUUGCUGGCUGCAAUCCGCUCUGGAGAAGCUGCUGCCAAAUUGAAAAGGGUUGGUCCUCCGUCAAACACCAUAUCUGUCAAUGGAAGAGCCAGGCUUACUCAUUUGUAUUCCACAGAAGCAAAAGCUAAUCACUAGAUGUUGUACCAAAUAUUUUGCACUUUACUACUGCUUCAUAGGCCAACUUAAUACUAACUACAAAUUUUUGAAAGUGUAAAUGCAAGAAUAUGUUAAUAUAUUUUUGUCAGUUGUUAUAGGAAUUUCAAGCUGGGUCCUUUGAUGCCUUGGAAAGAUUAUUAGAAUAUGUAAAUUAUGGUAAUAUUUUGCCUUUUUCUCUUUGUAAAGCCAACUAUGCUGCUAAAAAGGUUUAAGAGAAGGUGCAGAGGAGCUUUGCUUAUAUUAGAAUGAAAUUCAAAAUUCCUUGAUUUUAGCCUUCAAGAAUGAACAAUAUCUAGCACUAUGCUGAAAUUAGAUUUAAAGCAAUCUAAGAAUUUUAGAUCAUUAAUUUUCAAUGUUACUUUAACAGACUGUAUGAAUUUAAAUCUACCACAUGCUGCCUCCAUAUUACUUUGUUAAAUUAAAUUUGUGAUUAGUAGAAAAUCUUAAUUAUUUGCAAUACUUUGUUUCUCUUUAAAAAAUUGAUGGUUUUGUUCCUUCAGCUGAGAGUAGUUGGGAUAAGUUUUUGUUUUGUUUUUUUUUCUUUUAAUCUCUUUUAAUUUUUUCCUGGUAGCACUCAUACAAAAAAAUCAGGACAUAAAUUAUUGGAAAUAUUUGUAGUACUUAAACUUUUCUUAACAGUAGCACUAUAUGAUGUUUCUCAUCUACUCUUUGACUACAUGUAUAUAGUAUUUACUUAGCACUCAGAUAAGCAAUACUUUUUGUGAACUUGAUAUAUUUUAAAGUAGUCAUCAGCAUAUAGUCACUUACUGGUAAAAUGCAAAUUCCAGUUUUGAUACUUAAUGAACUAGAAUAAUUUUUUUUUCACUGGAAGUAUGACUAAAGAAUGAACUGGUUCAGACUUAUUCAUGUAAAAUAUUUUAAUCUUAAAACAGCACAAUAACACACUUAGAAAGCAUUCUUGUGUCUGAGAGUGUCUAUUUAUAGAUUAAGCAUUAAAUACCAAAAUGGGAAUAUAUAUUAAAAGAAAAUGCUUCAUGUUAUAUUUUAUCUAUUUUCCAUUUCUUGUCAAGGCUAUACCUUUUGGGGGAGAGGGCUGGAAAUAUGAAUAUGCUCAUGAUGAAAUAGCCAGAUUACGGAUGCAUGCAGCAAGUGCUGGGGUAUUUGCCAUAUUAAAAUAUAUUCUUGCUGGACUUGAUUUAAAUAAAAGUAAUUGUAUUUAGUUUCUA